UUGUUGAAUGGUAGCUUCGGCCGAGGGUUUUCUUCCAAACGAGGAUUUCUUAACAGUAAGAUCCUCUCCGGAGAAUGGCAUCGUUAUCGUUGCACCGUCGUCUCCACUACCCCGAUCGGGCGUCAAGGGGUCGAUUCUUGAGAUCACAGAAGAAGCGUAAGGGAAGAACUGCGGUAAAAAAUCUGAAGGCCAACUUCCGAAGGUUGAAGGCAGAGAUGCAAGAGAUUAGCAAGGAUCAACAAAACAUCAAAGAAGGGCAGAAACAAGUGAGAGAAAAACUGGAAGCAAUUGAAGCUGAAUGUGCACAACUCAGGACUGAAACUGAUCUCAUGAUCCGACAGAGCGCUGCCAGCAAACUUAAUCUGUGUCUCAUGUUUAAGAUCCUCAAGGCUCGUGAAGAAGGCGAUUUCGCUAAGGCCACUCAGCUUGCUCAAUUGCUCCGCACAAUAUUGGCAAGGCAGAACCAGCAAAGGCAGGGAUCGAUAUAAAUGAAAAAUGCUCUUCCUAGUAGGUCCGCCCCUGAGUGCAGAGUUAUGCUCUUGCUUCUUUGUCUAUGUGUUCUUGAUAUUAUGUUUAAGGGUGCUGAUGAAAGGCAAACCAACAUUUCUUAAUAUGUAAAUUUCAACUUUUAUAUAAAACUCCAUUUAUGUC